AUGAUCAGCUCACUGUGUGCCAAAGUGCGUCUCCAAACUGAGAAAGAGGCUGUGCGCAUUUACACAAGCGGUAUAGCAGUGAACUGCAUAAUGCUUCACCAGACAAACAGACCAUCCCUUCAAUCUCCACUUGUUUUGGUUCUCCAUCUUCUCCUAACACACUCUUGUAGAGGUCAGUCCCAGUCGAUUGGCCCGUCUCAGCCAAUAGUAGCAACAGUUGGCCAUGAUGUCAUUUUGCCAUGUCAACUGCAACCUGCAGAGGAUGUUUCCGCACUGACAGUGGAGUGGACGAGAUCUGACUUAGACUCCAUAUAUGUCCAUGUGUGCCGUGCUGGUCAGGAACUCAUGAAUACUAUACAUCCAUCUUAUAGGGGGAGAACAUCACUGUUCAUCGAUGAGCUGAAGCAGGGAAACAUUUCACUGAAACUCUCUAAAGUGAAACUAUCUGAUGGGGGAAAAUACAGAUGCUUAAUUCCAAAACUCAAUAAAGAAUCCUUUGUUGAGCUUGUUGUUGCAUUAGAUGCUGCUGCCUCGCCUGUCAUCAGUUUAGCAGGUAUUGACAGAGAGAGAGGAGGAGUGGUGUUACGGUGUGAGUCUAAAGGCUGGUAUCCAAAGCCUGAGGUGAUCUGGCUGGACGGUGAGGGAAACCUCCUCUCUGCUGAAACUACAAAGACAGUCAGAGGUCGUGAUGAUCUCUAUACUGUCAGCACGAGAGUGACUGUGGAGAAGAGACACAGCAACAACUUCACCUGUAAAGUCCAACAGAACAACAUCAACCAGACCAGAGAGACAUAUAUUAUUGUUCCAGAUGAUUUCUUUAACGUGCAGUCCAGUUCUUCCUCUGCCAUAAUUGGUUUGGCUGUUGAAAACAAACAAGCUGAAUGUGAUCUACUCAUGAAGAUGCUGCAGCUCCAUGAAGAGAAUCAGAGGAGAGAGGAGAGAGACCUGCAGACCCUGAAAGAGAAUCUGGAGACCAAGACCAAAGAGCUGGAAGAAAUGAAAGCUGCUGUGUUGCCAAUAGAAAAAAAACAAGCUGAACUUCAGCGACUCCGUGAUGAAAAUCAGAAGAAGGAAACUGACCAACAGUCUCAGCUGGAAACAGAUCAAACUACUCCAGUCCGGUCUUCCAGCUCUCUGUGGCCGCUUAAGUGGCAGUUCAUUGACACGGAGACACUUCAAGAUUUGCAGCGACAAGUUCAGACCCUGAAGAAGGAGAAGAAACAGGAGAUUAUACUUAGUGGAGUCCAAGUCAAGACUGAGACCAAAACCCAAACAUGUACUUGUACUUCAAUUCAAAUGCUGAAUGAAUCAGACCUUUAA